AUGACCGUGGCCGGAGCGGUCUUCUGCGGGAGAGAACUGCUCGAGAACUCACACGCCAAACUGCUCUUCCAAGACCAUUGGGCUAUCUUGGCGUCUUCCUUGGAGCUGCGCAAGACAUCCGAGUUUGGGCUGCCACGCCCAACCACAUCAGUCGCACCCCCGACCGACCUCUCAGCCGCCCGGCCUCGCCGCAACACCGCCUUUUAUCGAAAUGAGCGUCUUACGAGUCUGGGAGAUCUGGUGCUCGACCGCUGCCCGAAGACGGGCGAGAACUUCCUCAAGCUCUGCAAGACCUACUACUACAACUUCUGCUCGCUCUUCAACGUGCAGAAAGACUUCAUUGCCCAGACGGGAGACCCGACGGAUCUGGGCACAGGGGGCGCAGUCGAUCUGGGCGCGACUUCCGCCGAGCGGCUCAGCUGGUAA